UAGCAAUAAUUGAUGUAAUAACUUUUUAAAAUAGUUUUUGCCGAGAGUAAAAAUAAAAAUCGUCAAAAUUACGGAAAAAAAGUUUAACUCAAAAAUGCCGCCCGCGGGGUCAAAUAAUAAUACCUCGAACGCGAAUGCGGCAAUACAGGCAGCUGCCAAGGCAGAACGGGAAGAAAAGCUUCGCGGUGCCCUUAAAUCUUUUAUAAUGAAAGAGCGGCAACGCAAGAAAGAAGAAUUCGAAGCUAAAGUUGAAGAAGAACGUCAACGCAAAGAACGGGAGGCACGCGAACGGCAAAAUGACAUGACAUUGGAAGAAACUCGUGGUCAGAUUGUUAAGUUAGAGCAAAAAUUAUCAGAGUUACACAAUCAGAAACAGCAAUUAUUCCUACAACUCAAAAAGGUUUUGAACGAAGAUGAAAUUCGGAAAAAGCAACAAAAGGAUAGUGAAAUGAUUGCUAUGCAAGCAUUGCAAGCACAACAGGCAAAUGCGCCGCAGCCACAGGUAUUUUUACCGCCUAUAAGAGUGCAACAUCAUCAAAUGCCUAUGUUAACAAAGCCCGUUGGUAAUCCACCAGUGAAAAGAGGACGGAGUCCGUCCCCAACUCAUCAAGGAUAUUAUAAGACUGCAAAUUACGGUCAGUCCAAGCACGAUGAUGGCCGCCGCAAUGCUGAUUACGCCAGAGUUUUAUGGAACAAACCGCACACUACAUACCAGAGUCCAGGGACGCUGUUUUAUCAAACAACGAGUAACGGGCCUCCCCCACAACAACCGCCAGACGCACGGGGACCUGCUCUAAUUUAUACGCCUUAUAAUCUACCAAUACGUCAGGGCUAUCAUAUAGAGUUGCCUCCCGCGUCGUCGGUGCCCGUAUCUAAAACUGAUGCGUCGAAUCAAAAGCCCACUCAGGUGUAUCACAUUAAUUUAGAUCAGCCGCCAAUUUCGCAAGCCGGUGGUAAUGGACACAGUGUAGUGCAAUCACAAAAGCCUCAAAUAACGAUGGAGAAAAUAAGUGAUCGUUAUCACGUUGAAGUGAAACACGAUGCACAUGGACCUCCCCCGCCUCAUCCUUUACCGGACAGCGUAGUGUAUACGCCCUUAAUACCAGGAAUGCCUCUACAUCCUAAUGUUAUGCAAAUAAGUGCUCCUCCACAGAAUCCCAAAGCUGGUAGUAGCAUAACUCAAGGAUACGUUCCAGCACAUGAAACGCAGAUACCACGUCAACAGUUAACAGUAAUACCAGGACAGCCAGGUCAACAGCCCCAGCAAUCCAUUCAUUACCAGCGCCAUAUGUUUUGAUCUUACAAAUUUCAUUUCAAGUGGAGAACCCAGGUGACUGAUUGUAUUAAUUGCACUAUACAUAUAAGUUUAAGAUUAUUUGUAACCGUAUUGUUUGCCGACAAUAUAUUUCUACUGAGAAUAUUUAUUUUAAUGUAAACCUAGUGAAAACGUACAACGUGUUCUUUUUUAUAAUUUCAUGGUUU